CGUAUCCUCUACAGCACUUCAAGAUGACCGUCUCCGAGACGCUGGGCCAGCUCUUCCACUACCGGUACUGGCGGUCGUCGCCGCCGCCCUCGUCGGUGCAGCACCCUUCCAAGUCGGAUGACGACGACGACGACGACGAAGCCUACGACGUCUACGUGGCGGCCGACACGCCUGUCUCGCUCGCGCCCAUGUCCAUGACACCGCCCGCCGCCUCGCACGGCCCUUCCUGGCGCCGGCACCGGGCCAAGACAGCGCGCUACCACCUGAGCAAGCUUGAGUCGAUGGUCCACGACGAGCACGCAGACGCGAUGCGCCCGUCGAGUGUCUUUUACGCGACGAUCGGCAUUGCGCUCCUCAGCGCGUUCCAGUUUGGCUGGCUCCUCUCGCAGCUCAACUACGUCCCGUUCAACGCCAACUGUGGCGCGAGCCCGAUCCCAGCCGGCGACUGCCUCCUCUUUCCUCCGCACUCGGAGAACAAGUGGACGCUCGCGGUCGCAGCGUGGAUCGCCGGCGGCGCCGUCGGGGCCAUUUGCAGCGGCCUACCCGCCGACAUCUUUGGCCGCAAGAAGACGCUAGGCGUCAACGCUCUCAUCAUCGUCUUUGGCGGUCUCAUCCAAAGUCUAGCGACGACCCUCGAGACCUUUACCGUCGGACGGCUCGUGUCCGGCGUCGCGUCUGGUGUCGCCAUCAACGUCUGCGAAGCGCUCAUCUCGGAGAUCUCGCCGUCGCAGAUGCGCGGCACGUUCCUCACGGGCCUUCAGGUUGGCGUCGCGUUCGGUUCGCUCGCCGUCACGACUGCACACUACGCCCUUGACGACAGCGAGCUUCGGUGGCGGCUGCUCAUGGGCGUCCCCGUCGUGCUCGGCGGCCUCCAGCUACUCUCGCUCCGCGUCAUGGCGCAGAGCCCCGUGUGGCUCGUGGCCCACGACCGCCUCGACGACGCCAAAGCCGAAAUGACGCGCCUCUACCAGACCAUGGACGUCGACACGAUCUUGCACGCGCUGGCGGCUGCCCACGCCGACGAAGCGACCGAGCUCAACGGGCGCAACCCCCGCGCCCUCCUUUUUUCGGCGCCGUUCCGCCAGCAGCUAAUCAUCGCGAUCGUGCUCUGCGCCGCGCAGCAGCUCUGCGGCAUACCGGCGAUCAUGUACUACUCGUCCAAUAUCUUUGCGGGAGCCGGCAUCGCGGACCCGCGCGUCGGCAACACCGUCGUCAACGUCGUGCGCACCAGCACCAUCUGCGUCGCGGCCGCCGUCAUGGACAAGUACCCGCGCCGCACGCUCCUCCUGCGCGGCAUGUCGCUGCAGGCCCUCGCCGCCGUCGGGCUCGUCGCGAGUCUCGUGUGCGGAAGCGCCCUCGGUGCGAUUGUGGCCACCGGCGUCUUUGUCGUCGGCUUCUGCCUCUCGAUCGGCCCCAUGGCGUGGACGGUCUCGUCCGAGAUCUUCCCCGACUACAUGCAGGCGACUGCCGGUUCUCUUGGCACCAUGUCGACAUGGCUCGGCGACCUGCUCGUCGGCCUCUUGUACCCGACGCUCGCCCAAGGCAACGCACUCGGUAGCUACGCCUUUAGCAUCUUUGCGGCACUUUUGGUCGGCUUCGUGCUCUUUGUUUAUGUGUACGUUCCGGAAACCAACGGCCGCACGGCGGUCGAGAUUCAAGCAGCGUUUGACCACGACGCACCGCCACCGUCGGGCCAGAACCACAGCGGCGACCCGUGGGGCACCGAGCUCCGCACCCUCGUCGCCUAAAUCAUAAAUUCUGUACAUCACUUGCUCGCUA